CAUAAUAUACCUGUGAGUAUGCGAGCGAGUGGAAACAGUUCCCCGAGUAGCGUGCCAGCCUGUUAGCCACACACAUAUGUCCAGGGAUGGACAGGGAUACACACUACCCAUCCAGUCAUUUACAGGUCUAGGCUUGAUGGGGGAGAGAGAAUUAUCAGCAACCGACUGUGUUUUAAUGACGAAUACUGGCCGCUGUUACGCACUUUGACGGAAAUUAAAACCCCUGCCAAAGGCAUUAUAUAUGAGCACAAAGUUGGCUAUAGCAUCGUCCCUUGAAGGAAGACCAUCUCGGCUGGUGUAAUAUCUUCAUUGUCGAUUCUGCGGGUGAAAGUGGAUUGCUCUACUCUCAAUGGAGCACAUUCUUGUGUGUCGCCUGCUGCUGUCAUAAGCCAGUGUGUCUGACAACCACAGUCCUGGUGCGUUUCACAAGGAUGGCCUUCACACUGGGAACAAUUCACUGGACAAACAGCAAGUGAGACUAUGUGUGCUGUGGAGCUUACCGCUGAUCCUCCGCCUACACGCUGAAAAUAUAAAGAAAGAAAAAAAAAACGGAAACGCCAUCAUGUUCGACAGGUUACAGGUGCAGAAAGCCCUGUGUUUUGUCGGGCUUCUCCUCUACCUGGCUGUUUUACCACUGUACUUCUACCUCAUCUAUCAGUGGUACCUGCGCGGAGAGCUGGACGUUUUCCUCGCUCUCCUAGUUGUGCUGGUCGCACCGAUGCUCGUCGUCAAUUUGGUCUCCGCCAUUUUGGUCAUGAAAAACGAAGACUUUAGCGGACGUAUUAUCGCUCAGAAUAUUUGCAUCGCAUCACAUUGCUUUCAGAUGGGAGUGGCGUGGCGCCUUGUCAUCCUCGUCAAAUCCUUCAACAGACGGAAAAUGCUGGAGUUUUCUCUACUCGUCGUAGGCCAGGCGACAUCAAGUUUCUUGCCUGCUGUUCUGUUAGAAGGUUACUUGUUACAUCCCAUCUUACAUGACAUACCCAGACCCACGGAAGCCUUCGUGUCUGUCUGCAUAAUUUCCAGCGCAUUAUCCUUUUCCCUCGCCCAACUCGCAUUUCGGUGUGAGCAGGAGGCCUUGGGGGAGAUAUCAGGUGUUAAAUUCGUCCUGCUGAACCUGUGUCACUUGACAGGUGUGCUUUGCUUACUGAUCUCGCGAUGUCUUUCUUUUGUACUCUUUAUAUAUUCAUUAACCUACUGGAUAUUUCUCCUGGUAGGUCUUCAUUUCCUCUUGUGCUUAGCAUCGUCCUUGCUUUAUACACACCUACAGCUGAGGAAAGUCAACUACAUCUGCAUUCUUCGCCAGACGGGUUUAAUGUCCAUCCAUCUUUACGACUCAGUGAGCACGCGACCGGGUCCCGGAAAAUGUGUGAACGUUUUAUAUUAUACAUUAAUUCUUGUGGAAAACAUUCUCAUGACAGCUGUUUGGGUCAUGACUUCCGGUCAUGCAGACGUCGCCAAACUAGUCGUAGCCAUGUUGAUGCUGGGCACUUUUGUCCUCGGCGUCAUUUUGAAGUUUGUGUGCUAUAAUUACGACGAAACUGAGAAUUCGGCCGACGAUUCCGAUCGGAAAACUUUAGAUGUCAUGGCGGCUUCAAGAAGCAGCGUGGCACAAAGAACACCAAGGUCAACUGAAGGUCAUUGUCAUCAUGACAGGUUACGGGCGAUUGGAGAUAAUCAGGCUGACUCUGACAUCGUUUCCAAUAAAGCAACAGUGUCGGCAAAAAUCACGAAUCCAUGGCGCAGCGGCCCUACCGUGACUUCUGCUUCGUAUAAUUCUGAAAAUAGUUCCGGGACACAUUCGAAAAGGAACCACUCACCCCAGUCAUACAGUAACCAUGCCUUUGAUGUCGAGGAGAUAGUCAGUAAUGAUUCUCAUCCAAGAGACAAGACUGACACUAUUAAUGUUGAGAAGUGGAGAAAGUCGGCCGGAAAGGGUAGGGCAAAUAAACCGUCCAGUGAUACCACGAAUAUUGGAGGAAGUCCACAGCGGAAAUCUCAGAACAGUCGAGCCAGGCUGAAGUCUCACCGCGGGUAUUGUUCCGAGGAGCAGACGGACAUAGGCUCUUCGAACAGCAGGAACACAAAUACACUGGACGUCAGCGGGCAGAGCAGCCGUGUGGAGAAUCAGAUGAGCUGCGAGCAAAACUUAUAUAAUAACGUGCCCAAGACGAACAGAGAACCCACCCACACAUGGCAGCAAACUCAGCCAGCCCAUAUCAGCGGCCCUAAACGUCAAAUCCCUCCAGCGAUAAGCAAUCCGUGUCACGAACGACAACUCCGCCCGCAAAGUUGUGCCCCAUUCUUGGGUGGUCUGCGUGGUGAAGAUCCUGUCGUCUGCUACAGGAGUCCUGGAGUUUCUGGCUGGUGGCCAACUCCCGGAGGUGGCAGGCUACCAGGCUGGCGUAACCCCCCGUAUCUGGAUGAUCAGUACAGUUGCGACUUCACGGACACCACUUCGUAUUAUGACUCACUUAGCUAUUACUACACGGCCACCAGUACGCAUUCAUCGUCAGACUCUGAUUGUGCCCGAACGUGGCCGCCAUCGUUACCGCCAGGGUGCCAAAACCACGGAGCGCAACUUCCGGACGAAAAACUCUCUCCUGAGGAAAGAAUAUCAAUCUGGUUCCAGAGAUCAAAACAGUAUUUUUCUCAGGAUUUGAUCACCCUGUCUGCUGCCGGACAGUCUCAGCAACCUCCACCCUCAUUGCGCUUUGAAGCAAACCGUAGAACAUUCGCUGGCUACAAAAACAAGCUCAGUUUUUCAUCUACAUCAUCUAAACGUUUACCACCGAGAGGUAUAAAACCCACAUCUCAGCAUAAAUACCCGUUCAGGGCGGCACACCUUGGUAACUGUGAUCACUAUAGAAUACAGUUUCAGACGUACAUGGACAGUUUAAAAAAGCGGCGGCUGGCAGAAGGAGUACGAUCUAGGUGCGCUGUCCCUGGGGGCGUCAUUAACACAGGACCGGGGACAGGCGGGGUCCCGGGCAGGAGAGCAGAGUUCCUACAGGGAAUACGUCAAGACAGCAAUAUCACAGGAAAGAACCACAUGCCAUCUCCAACGGUACAUCACAUAUCCACGAAACAGACUUACAGUCCAUCACCCUUGAGGCAAACGUAUUCCCCCAAUCCAAACCCUCCCUUUACAAACAACCCUACCCCCCAAAGCAGAUAUAGUCCAAGUGCUGUAGACGCUAACUGCCCAUCCCCAAAAGAGACUUAUAGACAGACCCACCAGGAAGCAUGCAGCUCACCCUCCAAAGACACUUAUAACCCUUCUCCUAAACCGCCACGACCACCCCGACCCCCUAAACCUAUUGUGUCAACUCCAAGCAGGACGGUAACCCCAAUCUGUCCUCGAGACCCUCACUUCUUGAGGCAGACAAGUGCCCCUACCGCUGCCCUGGAAUCGAUAGUUUAAUAUUUGUGUCAUCAAAGUCGUCAAUGUCAUCAAUAUCGUUUGCUAAGUUAAUACAUUGGAACACACUUUUGA